UUUUUUUUUACAUUUUCCCCUCUGCCAUCUCCUCCUCCUGUUCUUCCUCUCCCUCUCUCUCUGUCCAUAAUCUCCUUUCACACACUACCGUGUCUCGAAAGACGCAAACACAGCCACAAAUCCACCGUCCGGAGCCAAAAUUCUCGCACUCCUCUAAUCUUCCUCGCUUCGGAAUCCGAGAUAAUAUUACCUGGCUGCGUUUCCCGGCGAGUUUCCUUCUUCUUCUUGCUCCGUCGGCGCUUCCUCUUCCUCUGAUCUCCGGGGAUUUCUUUUGAGGCUAGAUUGUCGCCGGAGUCGAACGGAGAAAAACAAGGAGAAGAUGGCGAAGCGUGGCAAAAUGUUCGUCGGUGUCUUGCUGCGGGAGUGAGAAUUAAGUUUGUCUUAGAGUCGGAUUAGCGUCGCUUGUUGGCAGGGAUUAGCUGCGAUUCUGCCCUGAAUUCGAGCUCUGAAUGCUAGCGACUUGCUCUACGUUUUUUUUGCCUUCGCUUCUGAGAUUUUGAUUGCGAAUUCGUUGGUGUUUUAGUCCUCGUUUCAGGGAGUAAGAUUUAAGCUAUCUGAGACUCGAAUUUGCGAGAUUGUGCGUUGAACUAGAGCUCCUAGUGCCACCGAUGCCCCCUCUUUGCUUUUCGUUUGGUGCUUCUUGAGCUGCAACUCCAUUUGGUGUUUCAGCGAGUGAGAUUUAAGCUCUCUUUGGAGUUGGAUUAGCGGAACUAUGUGCUGAUUAUUGAGAGUUUGUACGACGAUUAGAGGGAGUGUGAGAUUUGAGCUAUCUGAGCUCCGCUAGAUUUGCAUUUCUUGUUCAACCUUCGGAGCAUUUAAUGUGUAGUUACUAUUUCUGUGGUUUCUUGACCUAGUUUCAGUGUUCCCUUUAGGAAUUGUAUUGAUUUACAUUCUGUUGCACCUAUGUUUCGUUUCCUUUUCUUUUUUUACCACUUCCCAUUUUUCCUUGACUUAAAAUGACAUAGAGGAAUUUGUGGCGCACUCCAGCAAUGUGAAUUGCCUGAGCAUAGGAAGAAAGGCUGGUAGACUGUUCAUCACGGGUGGGGAUGAUCACAAAGUGAAUCUAUGGUCGAUUGGCAAACCUACUUCUUUGAUGAGUUUAUGCGGCCACACGAGUCCAGUUGGAUCCGUAGCAUUUGAUGCUGCUGAAGUUUUGGUGCUUGCUGGGUCUUCUGCUGGUGCAAUAAAAAUGUGGGAUUUAGAAGAAGCAAAAAAGGUAUGUGUAGUGGUUCGCACUCUUACUGGACACAGAUCCGACUGCAAUGCCGUUGAGUUUCAUCCAUUUGGUGAAUUCUUUGCAUCUGGUUCUGCGGACACGAAUCUGAGGAUAUGGGAUAUCAGAAAGAAAGGAUGCAUUCACACAUACAAGGGCCACAGUCAAGCCAUUAGUACCAUUAAAUUCACUCCUGAUGGCCGCUGGGUUGUGUCUGGUGGAUUUGAUAAUGCUGUAAAGGUGUGGGAUCUUACUGCAGGAAAGCUUUUACACGAUUUUAAAUUCCAUGAAGGACCUAUCAGAUCAUUAGACUUCCAUCCCCUUGAGUUUCUCUUAGCGACAGGUUCUGCUGAUCGAACUGUGAAAUUCUGGGAUCUUGAAACAUUCGAAUUAAUUGGAUCAGCAAGACCCGAGGCAACGGGAGUACGCUCUAUGGCGUUUCAUCCUGAUGGAAGGACACUUUUUUGUGGAUUAGACGAUAAUCUCAAGAUAUAUUCUUGGGAGCCUGUGAUUUGUCAUGAUUCAGUGGACAUGGGAUGGUCUACCCUUGGUGACCUCUGCAUUCAAGAUGGGAAACUUUUGGGUUGCUCAUACUAUCAUAAUACCGUUGGAGUUUGGGUGGCAGACAUUUCGCUUAUUGAGCCAUAUGGGACUGGUGAUGUGCAUGAAGAAAAUGAAUACACAGAGCAGAUGUUCACUUUCUCAAAAACUCAUUCUGGAGACAUAAGCAGUGAUAUAAAAUCAGUUGCGGGUUUGCGCUCUAGGUCUCCGGAAAUCGACACAAAAGACAUAAAGAACAUAUAUAUUGAUUCUAGUGGUGGAAGUCCUAUUGCUUUGCAAAGGACUGGUUCACUGAACUCUGGUAAUGUUGUCUUCCCAUUGGACACAAUUCAAGCAUAUAAUCCCCCAAUAGAGAAGCAAUGCCAUUCGGUGGAACUGAAUACCAAAUCUGGUGGUCAGACACUUGAUAAAUCUUUUAUUGCACCAACAGUAGUACCUCAGCAACCUGCCAUAGAAAAGGACUCUGUUGAUGCAAAAAAUGAAAAGAUUACCUUUUCAAGGACUAAACCAGGAAUGCUACUUAGACCGGUGAGAAGGGCUUCCAAAAGUGAUAUCAAGGACGUCUCAGUGAUAAUUGAACCUAUAAAUAUUGCCAAUGUAGCUAUUGAGAAAGAGAUUACAGCAGAUGUGCCUGUGCAGACCAAAAUUGUGCUUGAAGAGGGAACUCAGAAGUCCAAUGAGGAAAAAGGUUCUUUGUUUCCCAGUGUAGCACAAAAAUCCGAGAAGUUGCCAUCUCCAGAGAAACCCCCUACUAGUGAAAAUUGUGAUGAACCUGCUAAAACUAUAAGGACCGAGCCAAGUAACAAUGUGAAUGGAGGUGAUGAAGCUGAUAAAUUUAAAAGAGUAAACCCAGUUAGGAUUGUCAAUGGAGUUGCAGUGGUGGAAGGCAGAACUCGUUCUCUUGUUGAGAGGUUCGAAAGACGAGAAAAGUCAAGCACUGAAGAUCAAUCACCCAAUGGAGAUCUUCCUGUGCAAGGAGCAAUUAAUACUCCCAAUAUAACUCCUGAUAUGAGCCCUCAUAUAACAGCUGAAACAGAUAACACACAAGUCGCUCCUUUUUCUGAACCCAAGCCAGCUUCUAGAGGUAAACCGGAGUGUGAUGGAAGUCCAAUUCCACCAUCAAAUACAGCAUCGCCUGCUGUAUCUGAAGCAGAUAAAGCUCCCAUUCGAGUACGCAGGUCUUCUUCUCAUGGGUUACCUGGAACAGCUCCUGAUAUGAGCCCUCAUGUAACAGCUGAAACAGACAAAACACCAGCCACUCCUUUUUCUGAACCCACUCCAGCUUCUAGAGGUAAACCUGAGAGUGAUCGAAGUUCAGUUCCACCAUCAAAUACAGCCUCACCUGCUGUAUCUGAAGCAGAUAAAGCUCCCAUUCGAGUACGCAGGUAUUCGUCUCAUGGAUUACCUGGAACAGCUUCUGAUAUGAGCCCUCAUGUAACAGCUGAAACAUAUAAAACACCAGUCACUCCUUUUUCUGAACCCAAUCCAGCUUCUAGAGGUAAACCCGAGAGUGAUGGAAGUCCACUUCCACCAUCAAAUACAGCCUCACCUGCUGUAACUGGAGCUGAUAAAGCUCCCAUUCGAGUACGCAGGUCUUCUUCUCAUGGAUUACCUGGAAUCCAUAGAAGUAUAAAUCCUCCAUCUUCCACAUCCUCUCGCGCUGUAACUGAAGUGGACCGCCCUCACCGGAGGGCGUCCAGUGUAGGAACCUACCGUACUCGUCUGACCUCAUCGGCCCCAACAUCGUCUAAUCCUGUCCCUGAAUCAGAAGGCACCCAUCCAGUGGCAUCAUCGUAUAGAAACCUCAGCCGUACUGCCGAUACAGAUAUAUCACCCUUCGCCACAAUUCAUAAGAUACCACGUGAUCUACCUGCAACUGGUAGUAGGAUGACAACUGCAGUGAAGGAAGAGCAGCGGAUUUCUAUGAGAGAGUCGGUCUCUGCUAAUUUUGGACUUGCUGUAGCAUCUGAUAGAACCUCUAAUAAUACUCCUGAAAUGGAAAAAUUGCCCUUCUCCACAGUUAGUAGGCCCCGUCGCCGAGUACCUGGGAUGGAUAGAACGCGGCCAAUCAUGAAGGAAGAGCCACAGAUUUCUAUAAAGGACUCCACCUCUGCUGGUUAUGGACCUGGAAUGUCGUCUGACGCGCCUAACAAUACUCCUGAAGUCGAAAAAUCAGCACUCACAGCAGUUAAUAGGGCCCGUCGCCGUAUACCUGCAAUGGAUCGUGCACCUCCAAUCAUGAAGGGAGAGCCACAGGUUAUGCUAAGGGAGUGUGUCUCAGCUGAUCAUGGAUCUUCAGCAGCAUCUAAUUCUAGCCGAAGUAGUUCACCUGAAUUUGAAAAAUCCGCCUUCACUACAGUUAAACAGGCUACUCGGCGAGUGCCUGUGAUGGAUAAAUCACCUCCCACUGCGAAUGAAGAGCCUCAGAUUUCUGGAAGGGACUCUGGCUGUGGGGAUGUGAUUGAAGAUCUGUUGCAAAACCAUGAUGCCAUUUUAAGUACUCUUAAAUCUCGAUUAACUAAAUUGCAAGUCAUUCGACAUUUUUGGGAGCGGAGCGACUUCAAAGGUGCAAUCAAUGCCAUGAGGCGACUACCUGAUCACUCAGUCGGUAUUGAUGUGCAAGCAGAUGUGGUCGGUGUUCUAGUAGACAAAAUAGAAAUCAUCACCUUGGAUUUAUUUUCGUCCUUGCUUCCUGUGCUUGUGGGCUUACUCAAUAGCCAGAUGGAAAGGCAUGCAAAUACAUCACUGGAGAUGCUGCUGAAGCUUGUAGCAGUCUUUGGACCAACGAUUCGUUCCACAGUUUCAGCUCCUCGUCCAGUUGGCGUUAAUCUUCAUGCAGAGGAAAGGAUCGACUGCUGUAACCAAUGCUUCAUCGAGCUACAGAAGAUUCAACAAAUCCUUCCUUCACUCGUCAGGAAAGGUGGUGUCCUGGCGAAAUCUGCCCGGGAGUUGAAUCUAGUACUUCAACGACCUUGAGAUAACUCCGACCCAAUUCGAUCCCACACUGAACCAUAGAGUCCUUCGAGUCUCCCUCCCUGUGCGGCAUGUGGUUCUUCCUUUCUCCACCUGACGAUUUUGUCUUACUUCUUUCACUCCCGUCUGAGAUGUCUAUAUAAAUAUCGCCUCUGGAUACAGUACCAGAUUACGACGGGGCUGAAACAGUCGAAGUCGGGUGAUCGAAGCUUCAGACCAAGGUUUAACCUUUUUGUACAUUAGGGGGUGGAUGUUAAGGCAGGGACGUGAGCGGACCACUGCAGAACCCACACCAUGAUUCCUUCCAUUUUCAAGGUACUAACUCAGCAGCUCCCCUCUUUAAGCCUUUCUGGGUUUUCGGCCAUAAUACGUAGCUGCAUUGUCUGUUAUUUGUUUUGGUCGGGGUGCGAAUUUUCAGCUAUCCACACUGCUGCAACAACAUUUUGUAUAUUGCGAAAAUGGUUCAUUCAAUGAAAUUCUAUCAAGUGUAUUUCCCGCUCUCUUCUUUGUGACCUAACCUGCGAAUGACUCGCAAUCUGAAGCGAAAUGAUCCUACCCUUACGGAGA